CAAAAUUCUCUCGUGCUGUAUAUCUUGAACUGCCUUGCAUUCAUUUGUUAGGACACCCCUAUAUACGGCCUUGGGACACCCGACGGUUUGUUUAUGGACCUUUAGCUUUUAUCAUUAUUGCAAUCAUAUUGUUGACUUGAUUGAUUGAAAUUUAUUAGGGUGAAAUUGUUUAAAAAUUAUUUUUUUAAUUUGCUACUUUUACUUAAUGUAGGUAGUGUCCAGCAGCAAUGGAGGGCAACAAUCAAGCCGAACACCAGGACCCAAACCUCUUUGAUGGUCUAUCAGAUGCACAGCAUGAAAUGCUGCUGCAGUUUCAGGACCUGACGGGGGCAGAGAGCCUGGGUUGGUGCCGAAGGACGCUGGAGGAGCACGCCUGGGAUCUGGACUCUGCUGCGAGGAGUGCUCUGAACAUGCCACCUGCAGAGGUGGACCGGCCUGCGCCACCAGCGGCGGCCGCGCCACGGCCCGGCGGCGCAGUGGUGCCCGCCCAGCCCGGCGGCCUGCUCUCAUGGCUCUUCAGCCUGGCCACCCUGCCGCUGCGCUAUCUGGUGUCCACACUGGGCGGCAUCAUCAACAUCUGCCUCAGCAUCAUACGAGGCGGAGGGCCGCACGACCCUGUGCAGGACGUCAGUGAGUUUAUAGCCGAGUUUGAGGCCACGUACGGGCCCGAGCACCCGGCGUUUCUGCGCGGCUCCUACAGCCAGGCUCUGUCGGCGGCCAAACAGCAGCUCAAGCCGCUCAUCGUGUACCUGCACUGCUCCGACCAUCAGGACACGGCCGAGUUUUGCGCCGGCGCUCUGCGCCACCCGCCGCUGGCCGAGUGGGCCGAGCGGACGCUGCUGUUCUGGGCAUGCUCCGUGGACCGGCCAGAGGGGUACCGGGUGUCCCAGGCGCUCAGAGAGAACGGGUAUCCGUUCGUGGCGGUCAUAGUGCUCAAAGAGAACAGGAUGACGGUGGUCGGCCGGCUGGAGGGCCCCUGCCAACCCAACGACUUCCUCCAACGGUUACAACGGAUAGUCAGUGAUAACGAAGCAUCACUGGUGGCGGCGCGACUGGAACGGAACGAGCGGAACCUCAACCAGGAACUCAGGCAGCAGCAGGAUGCCGCCUACCAGGAGUCUCUGCGGGCAGACCAGGAGAAGGAGAGGAGGCGGCAGCAGGAGCGCGAGAGACAGGAGCAGGAGGAGCGGGAGCGACAGGAACACGAGCGGCAGAGGCAGCUCAAAAAGGAGGAGAUAGCGCGUCAGAAGAUCGAGCUGGCCUCUGAGAUUCCCGACGAGCCCGCCUUGGACCAGCCCGACUGUGUGCGCAUAUCCAUCAAACUGCCCGACGGCUCGCGCAUCGAGCGGCGAUUCAGCACGUCACACUCGCUCAAGGUGCUCUACUACGUGGUGUUCUGCCACCCGGACUCCCCCGAACGGUUCGAGAUCACCCAGAACUACCCUCGCCGGGUCCUACCCUGCCGGCCCGGCGCCGAGCUCGACCCACCUACACUGGCAGAGGCCGGUCUGGGGAAAUCUGAGCUGCUCUACGUUAGGGAUUUGGACGCCUGAGCGCGCCCCCGUGGGAUGAGCCGGACCUCGUGGGUUGCGUGAGUACGCGCGGAGUGCGAGCGACGCGCUGCGAAACGAGAAUGGUUAUAUGAGUGAUCUAGAAAAAGCUAGGGAGUGGUCUAAAAAGUGAUACAGCUACAGGCUAGUGGUUGCGACCUGGAGAGACUGCGAGACGUGGACCAGGGGCAUGGCGGAGGAUCCUAGAAGGCGCGGCAAGACAGUGAGGUCGCGGAGAUUUGCUCACGAGUGAGGAACAACGGGUGUCGAACGGCGGUGUAUCCGUCACGAACUCUAACGAACCGUCACGAAGUGUAACGAGCCUCACGAAGCGUAAGGUAUUGCGCCCCCUGCGGGGUCUGAGGUAGGGACCAGCGAGGUGUACGUUUGUGCUCCUAGGGAGUGCAGUAAAUCGUAUAGCCAGCAGAUACGUUUGAACGGGUGUGCCCGCUCGUAUCCUAACGUGCGCCGCGCAGUGAAGGCAGCACGCGGGAAUCGAGGCACAGUUGACUUUCCGUGCGAGAUGCAGUCGAGCUUCAAGGACCUACAGCUGCAGGCAUCGGGUCCGAUCGGGGCCGCAUAGGUCUUUACAAGAAGUUCGAAGCUCGGAACUACAUCAUAGUACGGGAGAGCGACUCGGCAAACUUCAGCCCAGGAGAGCCCAUGAAAAUAGGGACUUCUGUGCAUGCCAAGUUUCAGCCCAUGCAAGAGACAGUCUAACUGGCAAUUUGUAAGGACUUCGGCUGGACAAGAAGACGAUGAGGUCCCUCCAGUGAACUGGACUAGAACGAUGAUGUGAUACGAACUCCUCCGUUCAGUUUCAGUCUUCGGCGAUCCGAAGCUCUUUGCGCUGCUAGCGAAUGUGCGAGAUUCGAAUCGAUCCGUAACGGGCAGCGAUACUGGAUAGUAAGAGGUGCGAUUUGGGUCAGUUGUUUUGCCACGGAUUAGUCAUAUCAUGUGUGACUGGCAUAGCAAAUCAUCGGGAAUGAGUUGUUUCUUGUGCUACGGCCAUGUUUUCCUUUUGUGCAUCGCUCCAGUGAGUUAGGGGGUGCAGUGUGCUAGCUAUGCAUUAACCUCCAAUGGGGGUUUGUGGCGGGUUGGUACCUUACAGUUUAUCGCUGUUGGCGGUCCACUCCACUGCACUGCCCCGCCGAAUUAUACGCAUGUUUUGUUUAGGGGACAUUAUAAUUGUUUGAAAUGAUAUUAACACGUUAUUGUCACGGCAUUAGCCAUCGCCUAUAAUUUUUACAAUAGAACUUAUAAAAAAUAGAGCGAUUCGUGUGUGAACGUAUAGAACAAAAUGGUGUCCGCUGUAACCCACACAAAAUAACACACUAAUCGGGAACUAACAUUGUAUCAUCGCAGCACCAAACCAUUUCUCUUACGUUGAGAUUCAACACCACAUAACGGCUCUCACUACGGCGUCUCGUAACGGAUGCUCUCUAUUUCCGCCACGGCUUGUUGUGAUAUUCCGAAAGGAUGAUAUCGCGGUCACGCUAAUUGUUGCACAGUUCAGACUCUGUCGCAUAGAUAGAACUUAGAGCGCCGCUGGUUUAUAUGUACGUGGCAUGGGGACCCGAACUAGCGGCCCGGACAGGUGUCAGAUUUUCCUAUUCAGGCGUGCGGGGUGUAAAAUUCGAGGGUGGUAUGAUGGGGCUUUGAGUGUGAGACGGGAAAAUAUAUGUGUAGAGUGAUGGCAA